AUGGGCAACAAGCAAACAGUCUUCACUCAUGAGCAACUGGAAGCUUAUCAGGACUGCACCUUCUUCACGAGAAAGGAAAUCAUGAGGCUCUUCUAUCGCUACCAGGACCUGGCCCCUCAGCUUGUCCCUCUCGACUAUACCAGCUGCCCUGACGUGAAGGUGCCCUAUGAGCUCAUUGGCAGCAUGCCUGAGCUGAAGGACAACCCCUUCCGUCAGAGGAUCGCCCAGGUCUUCUCCGAGGAUGGGGAUGGCCAUAUGACCUUGGACAACUUCCUGGACAUGUUUUCUGUGAUGAGUGAAAUGGCUCCCCGUGACCUCAAAGUCUACUACGCUUUUAAAAUUUAUGACUUUAACAAUGAUGACUACAUCUGUGCGUGGGACCUGGAGCAGACGGUGACUAAGCUGACUCGGGGGGAGCUGAGCACUGAGGAGGUGAGCCUGAUAUGUGAGAAGGUGCUGGAUGAAGCCGAUGGGGACCACGAUGGGCGGCUGUCCCUGGAAGACUUCCAGAACAUGAUCCUUCGGGCACCAGACUUCCUCAGCACCUUCCACAUCCGCAUCUGAGGGCACCAUGGAGGAGCAGCCGGGCCAGAGGACGUCGGGGUGACCCCUCAUCCUGUUGUGAAAUCUGCUUUCCCUGGGCUCCGGGAAUAAAUGCACAUCACUGAGUCACAGCUGCCUGGACAAUGUGUUUCCCCUCUAAACCUGGUAGAUCAGAGGGAGGCAGCCUGGGAUCGCACCUCUGUCCUCACUGUGUGAUUCUGGUGUGGCUGCACCCUCUGUGGGCCAUGAUCUUCCCAUUUGUACAAGGAAAGGGCUGACUCUGGACAUCUCUCCACUGUGAGGGUUGGAAGUGACUCACCUGGUGGGCAGAGGAGAUGAGGCCCCUGCUGUGUCCCGCCCCAGGGCAUCCCCAGGGGUGGAACAUGACUACUCAAGUCCCCCUUUCUCCCCCUCAAUCCCUGACUUUCUCAAGGAGACUAAAGCUUCACCUCCUCGUUGAAUCAUCAGAACUGCCAGGGGAGGCCUCUGGGCAAGAAUGUCACUCACUGAGGCUGGCACAGUGCUUUAUAGUCAUGAAGCGCCUGCCAUUCUGCCAUUGCAUUGACUCCCUGUGACAUCCCUGGCAGAGAAGCACUCCCAUUUCAUUCAGAGACAGUGGAGUGACUCGCCCCCACACCUGAAGUCAUUUGCAGCGGCAGACUUGAGCCCAGGCCCACCUCACUCCAGAUCCCAAACCUCUACAUCUUACAGAUUUGGGAAGCCACACACUAUUUCACUUGGGCUUCCCUGGUAGCUCAGCCGGUAAAGAAUCCACCUGCAAUGCAGGAGACCCUGGUUCGAUUCCUGAGUC